UGUGACCGACCCGCGCACCAACGCAGGCUAGCCGCGUUAGAUGCCGCGUCAGUUUCGCGUCGAUCGUCGCGCGCUAAUGAUCGUACUGCAUCGAACCCGCUUGGUGCGUGUGGUUACGCGUGCGUUGCGUGCGAACCGGCUAUCGGUUUUCUGUUGUGUGUGAAACAGCGUGAUGGUGUGGUGAUUGCUGAGGACUUUCAGACCAGGACCAGAAGCAGAAGGACACAAGAACAACGUGCAGCAGACCAUCCUGUCCUGUGUGCUCCGAAAAACCCAUUGCCAUUGGAGGCCAGCAACUGCCAGCGGUGUGAAGUGACGCUUGCUUGUCCUGAAUUAGUUUCUUUUCCGCGGAGUUUCUUUUUGUUUUGGGCGUGAGAGAGACAAUCCAAGUGCUCUGUCUGUGUGUGUGCUUCCCGUGUGUGUGUCUGCAGUGGAACAGUGUCGGUGCGUUUCCGGUCCCUUUCUGUUUGCUGAAGCGUCCAGGUGGUUUUAUAGGAUAGACAGCAGGAAACAACAACACACACACACAAGAUGGUGCUAAGCGAAGGACAGCUGGCACUGUGCACAGUGUUCACCCUAUGGUUGGGUGGUCUGCCUUUGAUGUACUCGCCGGCGCCCCGCGGUGACUGUGAUAAUUGCUGCCCCAUCCGGGAGCCGAAGGAUAUACAGUUCUUUCUCUUCACACGCCAAAACCCCGACACCGGUGACACCCUGUUCGUGUCGGACAAGAAGCACCUCCGGGCGUCCCACCUGAACCGCACCAAUCCGCUCGUCAUCUAUCUGCACGGCUUUUCCGAGCGGGCGCCCGGCGGGGCGGGCGAAAGCAGCAAACAGAUGAAGGAUGCGUUGCUCGCCGCCGACGACUACAAUGUGGUGCUGGUGGACUGGAGCCCCCUCACCGCGCUGCCCUGGUACGUGAACUCGGUGCAGAAUGGGCCGCGCGUCGGUCGCUACAUUGCACGGUUCGUGCGGUUUCUGGUGCUGUCCGAGUUUCCGCUCGAGAAGAUCCACCUGAUCGGGUUCAGCCUCGGCGCGGAGGUGGCUGGGUUCGCUGGCAAAACGCUGAACGAGUGGGGCCUUAAGCUGCCCCGCAUCACCGGUUUAGAUCCGGCCUUCCCGCUGUACGUGUUUGAGCGUGCCUCCCAGCGUCUCAGCCCGAAGGAUGCGGAGUUCGUCGACGUCAUCCACACGGACGGCGGCCUGCUAGGCUACCCGUGGCCGCUCGGGCACGUCGACUUCUACCCGAACGGUGGCGUCCCGCUGCAACCGGGCUGCGCCCAACAGGAGCUGGCCAAAAACCGUUGGCUGGGUGUAUUUAUUGGCUGUAGCCAUGCCCGAGCCUGGCAGUACUUUGCCGAAUCGCUCACCCGACCGCAAGGCUUCCUCUGCGAACGGUGCGAACCGACCGACGCUCCGGCCUCCGGUGCAGCGAGCCGCUCGACCCGAGAUACCAACAACUGCACCAUGACGCGGGAAGUGUUUAUGGGCAUGUACACGGAUCGGACGCUGCGCGGUAAGUUCUACCUCAGCACCAACCCGCAGCCACCGUUCGGGAAGAAUCUGAUGCCGCACGAACAGCAGCAAAAGCAACAGCAACUGCCGGUGCAGCGAAAAUCCUAAAAUGCCAAAAUGCUGCGCCCAGCUUCCAGGUAAAGGCCACCGGCUGGUGGUUGGAAGCUGCCGCGCACGAUAGUGUGUAGGUAGGUUUCUUAUGCAAAUUAAUAAUAAAUUGUAAAAUUUUAAACCCAAACACACCGAAAAAACCUCAUUUGAAGUGACGCAAGAAAGGGUAUAGGGGAAUCUGUGGUAAGUUUUUCAGGACGUUAUGCGAAGCUUGUCGUUUGCUUCCCGUUUUGUUCAUUUUUAUCAAAAAUUCAUAGCACGUUGCCGAAGGUCGGCCCUGGACGGAAAGAAAGUGAAGGAAAAAACCACAAGACUGCCGUACCUUUCCAUAACCACAUCAUAAUGUACGAGAGGCAGACCGGGCCCGCUACAUAAUGGGUCCCGAUUUAUCCCCCUCUUUCGCGAGCAUUAACAAGGCUGCUCGACUUGCUCCCAAAACUGCCAGCCAGUACCUGCCCUACUGAUAGUCUCAUUAAAUUCUCAACAAGCACAGAGCAAAAGCAAAAAAAAAAAAUCUUCGAGAAACGGUUCCCCCUUUUCACAUGUCCUUUACGCUUACAGCCGGUUAACCCGUUUUGUUUCAUUAUUUAUUGCCCAACCAACCAAUCAGCCGAAAUGUACGAUAGCACAAACACACACACACACACACGCUGGCCUCGGGAAUGGCACCCGGAAAUGAGGUGUUGAUAGGAACUGAACGUGUAACGGGGAAAUUCAUGGAAAAAAUUACACUCGAACACUGAGCGCUGUUUUGGCACUGCCACACAGGAAGUGGUGGAAUAUUGGAAUGAAAUUGAAGGAAAUAAGAUGCGAGAUGUGGUGGUGGUUUGGCGAUGAUGUGCGACAAAAAAGGAGAGCAAAAUUGCGCUGCUUAUCACGUGUGUAAUUAUUUAUCAGACUGUCAUGAUGAAGGUAAAUGUUCACAAGAGCUGUGAAAGAUGUAUUUAUUGGAAAGGGA